GUUCUGUGCCAUCCGCCUCUGGAAGUUUUCAUACCACUUGAGGACGCAGCUGGAUGGGAUGUAGGUCUCCGUGGGGUUCGGCGUCAUCUGCGCCUGCGACAUGGCGAAGGACGAGGCGAAGUUGUACAGACUGUCCAGCAUCUUCUGAGUGAACUGCAGGAAGGAGUCCACGGUGGACACGGCGGCGCUGGACACCGGGAUCUGCUGGACCAGCUGCUCCAGAGCCUCCACCGACACCCCGACCUGCGCCACGGAGGGGGACGUGUUGGAGGCCAUCAUGCCGAACGGGUGCGCACCUCCCUCGCCGGCCUUCAGCCCGGAGAUCUUAAAGAUGGCACUUGGCUUGUCGUUGGUGAUGAAUCCGAGCAGCUGCCACACCGGGACCCCGCUCGCCGGGUCAGGGAAGGAGAAGUACACGGCGCCGCCCAUGCCGUCGGGGAAAGGCACCGUGCCCAGCAUGAACACCACCACAUGGUUCACGUUCUCAAAGUCCGGCAGGUUGAACACGAACUUGUCCGAGGCGACCUGCACCGCGUCCGUCUGCACCAACCUACCGGCGACCAAACAACCGAACAUCCCUGCCGACUGCUAGCCGUUAGCCUCGGUGUUAGCCAGCACGCUGUAAUGUAAACACGAUUAGCUUCAGCUUAGCCUGCAGGCUAGUUUUAGUGUAGGAGCCCGAAUCACUGAUGAACUCAGCGGAACUUGUUUAUCCGGUAGAAGGCUGAGAAAUGAUAUCCCGCCGCAGCAGCUGAGAUAGUUCAUGAAAUCAGCUGUUAGGGGCUGGUAGAAACUUCUAGUACUGUCUCGCAUGGUAAUACUGCCCGCUCUGAAUCUGCUGCUCGGCUAUCGACACAUCGUCCUGGGUAGUAGUAACUCUGGGAUGUUGUGUCCCAUAUGUUUCUCUCUCUGCUGUGGACAUUUUCGGCCUUUUAUAUAACUACAGCAAUAAACAUAUAUAAACUACAGCAAAGGAGUUUUAUCAGGGAGACAUGCCGGAGGGCAAAAGAGUUGUGGUGGAGUUUUGUUGUUGGCAGUGUAGACGCUCGAUGAUUCGUUAAUUGACAGCCAAGAAGAAAGCGGGAGUAAAUGUGUUAACCGGAAGUGAGAGUUCUUUGCACUUAUAAAAAUUAAAACAAAAAAUGUUUUGAUAAAAAAUGUUCUUUCUUUAAAUAUUAACAUAACUUUUAAAUUUAUGUUUACAGUAAAUUAAGUCCCUCAAAACACAUUUACAGCAGGAAUGAAACGUUUUUCACAACAUUUUAUUACUUAUAUGCCAAUUUGUUUCUUACAAUUCUUGCACACGUACAAGGUUGAGUUUUGAAAAAUUCCAAACAAACCCCGUGUGUUUUACUUUGAAAACGGUGACCGGAUGUGUUCUUUUGUGAUUUCCGCCGUCUUGACGCCGCCUCUGUCAGCGGGUCGCUUCAGUCUCUGGCGGCUCAGCUGUUUGUUCGGUGACAUUUAGAGCAUCAAAAUAAACUGAAAUAAACUUUCUGCUCGUGUGUUUUCUGGGCUGACACUUUUCUGUACGGAUUAACGACUUUUCAUCGACACUAACAGGAUUUAGGAGGAUGGCGAAGCAGGACAGAAGGUUUCACCCUCAGUGAGAGCAGAAAAAGAAGAAGAAGGAGAGGAGGAGGAAGGCUGCUGGAGGUUCAUCAUGGAGCGAGCUCACAGCCUCCUGCUAAACGAGGAGGCGUACAGUCAGCUGGGUGAACAUCAGCGGGCCGAGUUCAUCUUUGAAUGGCUGAACCACCUGAAGAAGCUCCUCCCUGCCACUGACAGGGCCGACAUCAAACAGAACCAGCAGCGUCUGAUCGAGCAGCUGUCGGGUCUUCUGAUUGGCUCCCCCGGCCCGCCUACCCGCUGGUUGCUGGCCCACUGCUUGGCCCUGCUCUACCGCCUGGGAGACCCGGUUUCUUCCAGCUUGUUGGUGGACAGGUGCAAUGACAUCAUCCGCAGCAAAGACGACUCUCCGUCAGGCCUCCCGACACGACUGGCAGCCGUUGCGUGUCUUGGUGCUUUGUUUGAGCAGCUUGGCCGGAUUCUCGUCGGCUCCUUCAAAGACACACUGACCAACCUGCUGAAGGCCAUGAAGAGCGCAGAGUCUCAGGGUCGGUAUGAGAUCAUGUUGAGUUUGGAGAAGAUCCUGCGAGGUUUGGGUGUGAGCGCCGUGCCGUGUCACCGUGACAUCUAUAAGGCGGCGAGGACCUGUCUGACGGACCGUUCCAUGGCGGUACGCUGUGCCGCUGCCAAGUGUUUGCUGGAGCUGCAGAGGGAGGCGGUGUUCCUGUGGACCAGCGAGUUGGAGAACGUGGCCACCCUGUGCUUCAGAGCCUUUGAAGGAUCCAACUACAGCGUCAGAGUGUCUGUCGCCAAUCUGCUGGGAACUCUGCUGGCUGCUGCUGUGGAGCCCAGACAGCCCACUGCAGCCCCCAGACAGGGGGGGCGGGGUCGGAGCUCCCUGGAGGAGGUGAUGGAUUUGUUGUCCGGGGGGUUCCUGCGGGGCGGGGCAGGUUUCCUCCGAGCUAGCGGAGACAUGCUGAAGGGGACAAGCUCUGUCGGCAAGGAUGUCCGCAUUGGAGUCACGCAGGCCUGCGUAGUCUUCAUCUCCACCCUGGGCGGCUCCUGGUUAGAGGUGAACUUCCCGGCCUUCCUGACCCUACUGAUGGAACUGGCAUCCCACGGCAAGGCCACGCAGACGCCGGGCGACGCCGCGGUGACCCGCCGCUGCGUCUCCUUCAUCCUGAGGAGCACCCUGGGGUCCCUGCUGGGAGAGAAGGCUCAAACCAAUGCAGCCAAACAGCUCUGCCUCGCUGUGGCCGCGCAGAAACGAGCCAUCGAUGCAGCUCUGACUGAUGGGAACGUGGAGACCAGAGUUUCGUCUGCAGAUGUCUCGGCCAGUCAGCAUGUGUUGGUCUGCUGCCUGCUGGAACUGGGAGCACUCAUACAGGGACUGGGAUCAACCGCUGGGCCCCUCCUCACUGACAGCAGCACAGCCCUCCUGGACACGGUGAUCUCCGUCCUUCUCCACCCAGCCGCGUCUGCCUGUCUGGCCGCCGCCUGGUGCCUACGCUGCGUUGCCAUGGCGAUGCCGUCCCAGGGUUCCUUGCUGCUGGAUCACUGCACUGAGCGGCUGGUGGCGCUCAAAUCUUCCCCUGAAGCUGUGGCCGGGUACGGAGCCGCUGUCGCUGCCCUGGUGGCUGCAGUGCAGCACUGUACCCUGGGAAUUCCACACACCAAAGGCAUGGUGGUGCUGGGUCUGGCUGAAGACCUGCUGCGUUCAGCCUCUCAGAACAGUCGGAUCUCUCUGCAGAGGACUCAGGCCGGCUGGCUGCUCGUCUCCUCUCUCAUCACUCUCGGCCCAGCUGUAGUGGAGCACCACCUGUCCCGUCUCCUCCUCCUGUGGCGGUGUGUGUUUCCUGCUUCACUCAGGGAGCAGGAGAUGGAGUUGCGACGAGGGGACUUCUUCACAUGGCAGGUUACACUGGAAGGACGUGCCGGGGCGCUCUGCGCGAUGAAGAACCUGUUGCUGCACUGCAGAGAGCUCGUCACUGAUGACAUCAUCAGCCGCCUGCUCACGCCAUUGUCCUGCGCUGUGGCCCUGCUCAUCAAGUUGCCUGCCCUCAUCAGGUCUUACAGCAGUUCGGUUCGCAUCUGGUCGGUCAUAUACAGACAGAGAGUCUAUGAGCUGCUCGCUUUGCUGCCUCCACACACCUACCAAGAGAGUUUUGGUUUAGUGAUGAACCAGCUCGUGUCUGACCUGUCCAGUCAAGACAACCUGAACCAGCCGUGUUCAGAGCUCACCCUGCUGCCCCCCCUCUGUCACCAUGAUGACCUGCCGCUGGUCGGCCCCGCCCUCGACGACACCGACCCCAGAUACAUCGAGGAACAGCUCCACGGCAGCAUUGUGGGAGGGGGCUCUCUGGACAACGACGCCUUCAGUCUGUGUGAGAGGAGUGAAGAAGCUCCCACUCCUCUUCCUCCUCCCGUCACUCUGAUCGCUGCCACCGUCCGACUCUUUGGAGCGCUCUUCCCCCACAUCAUCUCCGCUCAGAGAGUGAAGAUAUUGGAGCAGUUUGUAGAAACAGUGAACCGGCUGAAGGGUCAACGCCAGCAGACCGUCCAGAUCCAUGUCUGUGCUGCCCUCUGCAGUUUGCUCAAGCACCAGGGUGGGAUCCGGGGCUCUUUUGGGCCAGAGGAGGUGCGUUCCCCGGCGUUGUCCCUCCUGUCUGGGGCGCUGGAGAACGUCAGUCCUCUGCUACGCUGUCUGGCUGCUGAAGGUCUGGCCCGGCUGGUUCAGGUGGUCGGAGACCCCGGCUUCACCGUCUCCGUCUCGCUGCUCUGCUUCGACAGGCUGAAGACGGCUCGUGAUGCAGCAUCUCGCAGCGGCUACGCUCUGGCUCUGGGGGCGCUAUACCGCUACACCGGAGGAAUCAGCUCAGCUCAACACCUGUCCACCUGCCUGGGAGUCCUGUUCACCCUGAGCCAGGACAGCACCUCACCUGAGGUCCAGACCUGGUCUCUCCACAGUCUGUCUCUGGUCAUCGACCUGUCCGGAGGUUUGUACCGCGCCCACGCCGAGCCUUCCUUCACCCUGGUGCUCCGGCUGCUGCUCUCGGCUCCGCCCACCCACCCCGAGGUGUACCACAGCCUGGGACGCUGCCUGCACGCCCUUAUCACCUGCCUGGGUCCUGACCUGCAAGGUGAAGGUGCAGCAGUGUCCGCUCUGCGCUCCAGCUGUCUGGUGGGAUGUGAGGUGAUGCAGGCCGGUCCAGACUGUCUGGUUCAGGCCAGAGCCAUUUCCUGUCUGCAGCAGCUGCACAUGUUCUCACCACCACAUGUCAACCUGGCCAGCCUUGUACCUGCACUCUGUGAGAUCUUAUUGGAUUAUUCCAUGUUGGCCAACCUGUGCAGUUCAUACCUGUGUCUGCGUCGCGCGGUGGUGGCGUGUCUGCGGCAGCUUGUCCAGCGAGAGGCUCUGGAGGUGUCCGAACACGCGGUGACUCUGGUCAAAGAGCUGCCGAGAAGAGACAACACACAGCUGGACGUCACCAUAAAGGAGGUGGGUCUGGAAGGAGCUCUGUUCACUCUGUUGGACCGAGAGUCAGAUCCAGGUCUGAGGAGGGACAUCCAAGAGACUCUGGUCCACAUGAUGGCGUCCAGCGCCACCAGCGGCAAACUGGGACACUGGCUCAAACUCUGCAAGGACGUUCUGUCUGCGACCACCGACUGUCUGGCUCCGGUGGAGGCGAGUCAGGAGGACGAGGAGGCUGACCCCGGCAGAGACGACGACUCCUCUGCUUUCAAAGCUCGGUCAGACUCCGGCGGACCGUUCACGGCCCUGCGCUGGGCUACGCGUCGCUUUGCCAUGGAGUGCGUGUGUCGCAUCAUAGCUCAAUGUGAGACUUCCGACCCGGCUCACUUCGACAUGGCUCUGGCUCAGGAGCAUCGCCUGCACAAGUCCACCGACUUCCUGGUCCUCCAUCUUGGUGACCUGGUCCGUAUGGCGUUCAUGGCUGCGACAGACCACAGUGACCAGCUGCGGCUGGCAGGUCUCCAAACCCUAUUGGUGAUCAUCAGACGCUUCUCAGCCAUCCCCGAACCGGAGUUCCCCGGUCAUGUGAUCCUGGAGCAGUACCAGGCUAAUGUUGGAGCUGCUCUCAGACCAGCCUUCACUGCCGACGCUCCUCCUGACGUCACCUCCAAGGCCUGCCAGGUCUGCAGCGCCUGGAUUGCCAGCGGUGUGGUCAGUGACCUCCGUGACCUGCGGCGAGUCCAUCAGCUCCUUGCCUCCUCAUUGGCUAAAGUCCAGGCCGGGAGGGACACGUCCACCCAGCAGUACAACGAGGCCACUGCUACAAUGGAAACACUGGCUGUUCUUAAGGCCUGGGCCGAGGUUUACAUCGUAGCCGUUCAGAGGAGCAAACAGAAGGAGGUCCCCGGUAGGAAGGCUGACCUGUCAGUCUCCUCUCUGGCCAAUGACAGCUCUGUCUCCGAGUCGGGAGGCGCUGGCCUUCUGAAGUUAGUCCAAUCAGAUCUGUCGACGCUGAGCCGUCUGUGGUUGGCGGCGCUGCAGGAUUACGCCCUGCUGACCCUCCCACAGGAGUACGCAUUGCAGCUACCUGCAACAGGGGGUUCUUUCUACACAGCAGAGACGGUGAACCAGGCCAGAGCUCAUUACUCCUCCUCCUGGGCUCCCAUCCUCCACGCCACCUCCCUCUGGCUCCACAGCACCGGUUUUAUCAUGUCAGAUGAUGCACCUGCCAACCUGUCCAGACCGGUCACGCCCACCUCCAUGGGACACACUGGCUCUGUGGGUGGAGCCAAGAGUCCAGAGGACAUAAACUCCGACAGACUGCAUCUCAUACUGGGGAUCAGUGUGGAGUUCCUGUGUUCUCCACAUUCUGAGGACCAGAUGGAGAACAUCACUUCCUGUCUGCGAGCUCUGCAGGCGCUGCUGGACAUCUCCUGGCCCCGAGCUAAGAUCGGAAACGACCAGGCUCUGAGUGUGGAGCUGCUCAGCGUCCUCCACAGGCUGAUGGUGACCAGAGAGUCGGUGUCCGUCCAGCUCGCCGUGUUGGAUUUACUGCGACAGAUUGUGACGGCCGCUCAGGAGCACGUCAGGGAGAAACGCCACAGUGCUGAGGUGGAUGACGGUGCAUCAGAGAAGGAGACACUCCCAGAGUUCGGCGAGGGACGGGACACCGGCGGUUUGAUUCCCGGACGCUCGUUGGUGUUCGGAGCGCUGGAGCUCUGCCUCUGUGUACUGGUCCGGAAACUUCCACAGCUCAGCCCCAAACUGGCUGGAACAAGUCCAACUGGUCCUGGAGGCUCAGUCUGGAGUUUGACUGACAGCGACUGUCAGCUGGUGUCAUCAGCUUUGUGUGUCCUCUCUGAGCUGCCGUCUGUCUGCUCUCCAGAAGGCAGCGUUUCCAUCCUCCCCACUGUCCUCUACCUGUUGCUGGGAGUCCUUCGAGAGCUGGUCCAACAGCCCAGCACACACACUGGUACCUCGGUGGUGGGCUCAGUGGGCAGGGCAGGUCUGGAUAUGGUGGUCCAGGCGACUCUUCAGGCUCUGAAGUCUGUUGUGACGUCUCCGAUGAGCCGUCAGGAGAAGAGCCGAGAAGCCUGGAACGUGCUGCUGAGAUCAGCUCUGAAAACGCUGCUUGGACUCUGGGACUCUGGAGACUCUGCUGUAGAUCAGGUCAGCUUACUCACAGCUCUGACUGUCUUCCUGCUGUCUGCUGGUCCUGAUGUCUGCACUGUUGAGCCGCUACACGCGCUCUGUCUGCAGUGUUUCAACGCCAGCAUGGACGCCAAAGACCCACUGGUUGUGAGUCGGUGUUAUCAGCUCUUAACUUCGGUGUUUCAGGCUCCGCCCGGCGUGGCCAUCCCGUACAUCAAGGCCCUCGGACCGCCGCUGGUUCGAUUUCUCCAGAAGGUGGAGAGGAGUCGUCCUCAGAGUCCAGAGGAGCUGUCAGGAGUUCUGGAGGGAGUCCGAGCCAUGGAGGCUCUGGUCCAGGCUGCAGACGAGUCCCAGCGUCCUCAGCUGGUGGUCAUCUUGUUGCCCCUCCUCAUCUCCUUCCUCCUGGAUGAAAACGCUCUCGGCUCGGCCCCCGCAGCGUCCCGGUCUCUCCACGAGGCGGCGCUCAAAGACCUGAUGCGUCUCGGCCCCCAGCACUCAGCCGCCUUCAGGUCUCUCAUCGCGUCGUCUCCUCACCUGAAGUCUCGCCUGGAAGCCGCCGUCAAAGGGAACCAGGAGAGUCUGAACGCCAAAGCCAGCAGCGCUAACUCCGCCUCCCGCAGCGGCGCCAAGUCCUCCCCCAGCAUCACGCUCAAAACCAACUUCCUGUGAGAAAACUCGCCUGAGGGACAAUCUUCUUCUCAUCUGAUGGUUUUCAUCCCAAAAUCACGUUAAGCUUCUGAAAGUGAAUGAAAAAUGUCUGAUUGUUGUGGGGCCAGUGAAUGGAAACAUUUUUAAUAUUAAAUAUUUUUAAGAGUUUGCUUUUGGUCAGUAUAAAGAAAACCUACAGAUAUUUGGCUAAAUGUGGGAAUAAUACUGUAAUCAUAAUGUAAAUGCUGUAAAAAUACAAGACUAAAGUUUUUUUGUUAUUUUAAAUUUUUCCUUCUGAGGUAACAUGUUUCCUGUGUCUUUGGUGUUCACAUGGUUUUGGGAUGAAAACCUUAAUUUUGUCAGCGAGACUCUGAACGUCAGAGUGGACAGACAUGAGCCAGGCAGACGUGAGACUCAUUUAAUGUUCAUCUCGUAUCUUAAAACCAACUGAGGACAAACAAAUUAAAGAAUAAUGGGACGGAGAGGAACUGGAAGUGCAGUUUAAAGAAUUCUGACUUCUAGCUUUCUAGAAAGGCUCCUCAUGUUCCCUCAUUGUUUCAGUGUUUUUUGCAGUUUUGCACAGAGACUAAACCCCGUUUUAAAACUUUCUUUGGAACCUGAUAAUCAAAAUAUUUUUUGGGAAAAACCCUUAAUCUCACCAAUAGAUCCUCGACAUUACAAAUGAUUUUGUUCCCUAAACCCAGGUGUGCUCCAAACCUACAAUGCCAAAUUUGGUGCAUAUGCAACAACAGGUGGCACUGUAACGCAUUUUUACUAUUGUUGUCGGAUUAUAUUUUUUCAGUUUAGGACAAAUCUGAGUAUGUGAUGCUGUCAUAUAUUGUGCGAUGAUUGUUGUUUUGCUCUACAACGAGUACAUUAAUCAGUCACGCCAGUGUUGUCACAGCAAAUGUGAGGAAAAUCUGUCAAUGUUUCACAAUUUAAAGAAAAUAUAAGUUUAAUAUACAAAAAGAAGACGGCAGCGUGACGCCAUCGAAUCGCUCCAAAACAACAAAUUGAUGUGGCUUCCCGAUUGGUUGAGGACCCUUUUGUUCCUUGAGUUAUGUUGGUGUGUCGCACCCUGACAUUUUUUUUCUAGUGAUUCAAAAAAAACUGAAAGUAAGAUUUUCGGCUUGUCAGGCAAAAUCUGACAAAUCUAAUCUCAUUUUGACUUUUCUCCAAAAAAUGGAGGUAGCAUAAAGGAUACAUGUACCGUACAUGCAGUGUGUGACCAAUCACAGGAGAGCAUCUUAAUGUCAUACAGGCUGUCACUGAUGCAUAGUCUCCACCCACCUGGCACUACAAGUACAAUUAAACAAACGGCAGCAGUUUAAGUGUCUGUGCUGUAUGAUCCGCUUUGUCUGUCACUAUAGACUUUUAUUUUGAAAAAUAUGUCAUCUCUAUGUACUUGAUGGUUUAAGUAGUAGUAAAACAAUCUGAAGUUUGCAGUAGAAUAAGCUUCUUUACCUGCAUCACUAACAAUGAAUGGAGGUCAAAGGUCAUAUUAACACGUCUUCUUUUGACCCUUGAAUAAUGAACAAAAGAUGAAGAGGAUUUUAUUUUUUUUUUAGUACAAUAUUGAUUUUGGUUUUAAUUUUGUCUGACAAAUCACAUAAAAACACAACCCGAAGACUCUUUGAUUGAUAUUAGUCAUAUGGUGGCCUGUAAGGGACAAUUGUAGUCAUCAGCACUUUAGUUUAACAACACUACGACGUCAUAAUAUCAACCACAUCAUGUUUUAUCAGUUUGAGUCAUCUGCAGUGAAGACUGGCAGUUGAAAGAAUGUAAAUCUGGCUGGUUUUAACUUUUAAUGUCUAAAUGUGAAUGUUCAUAUCAGUGAAAAGAGUCGAAACAAUUCUAACAUGAUUUCCUUUUAAAAUCUCUGUCAUAAUCAAACAAAAACACUAAAGAUUUACCUGCAAUAAGUAUACGAACCAGGUGAGCUGUGUGCUUCAGUCUUCCAGUUUCAGCAGCUACACACACACACACACACACACACACACACACACACACACACACACACACACACACACACACACACACACACACACACACCAGCUGCAUGAGUGUGUGUUUGUGAGCUCACCUGGCUCUGUGUACAGGUUUGAACUGUAUGAAUGAGUUGCUGAACAUGUUGUUUUCUAACGGCAGUGAGUAAAUAAAACAUGUUUUUCUUCUAA